AUGUCUCAAGUGCUAUCUUCUUUGUGCCUGGAUUCCUCCUUUUGAUCCCUGGAGUAUACCAUGUCAUAUUUAUAUAUUGUGCUGUGAAAGGAAUGCAUGGAUUCCAGUUCUUCUACCUCCCGUAUUUUGAUAAAUGAUGUAUAGAACUUAUUUGCAUCUCCAACCUGGGGACCUGAAACACUGAAUGCCAAAACACUAUGGAAACCACUAGAAUGCAGAUGGAACGUAACUACAGGAAAGCAUUAAUUUUGUUCCGGGUAUUAAGCUAUGUAGCACCUAGCUACACCUGGACACUGUACUGUACAAAAGUGAAGUCAGAGCUCCGUCGUUUAAUGUGCACCUUUCGAAUGAUAUGUAAUUGUGACCUGGUUGAUGUAAAAAUCAUUUUAUUUUUUAAUAAAUAGACACUUUUUUAUGUGACUGCCAA